UGAUUAUUUACAAAUGCCCUCCACCUUACGGGAACCUUUGAUUUCACCACUGAUUGAUCAUCAUCUGGCUGAGGCUUUGGCCUGAACGUCACUCGCUUGGAAUAAUACCGCGAUAACCUUUCAAUGGAUCGCUACCAGAGCAGACGUCCCGCGAAACAAUUUCAACAUAAAUAGACAAUUACUUCCAACGGCGACUUCUCACAAACAAGACCCUCACUUCCACUUCUAGUCUCUCCUUCGCCAACAAGUUACGGAGUUUCACCUCCAAUCAUUGGCCAAUCUUUCUUAUCUCUGCGCAUUGAGUAUUAUGUCGUGGAAGACGAGAGGCAUGGCACUACCCUUUUCAUCCAUUCUUUCAAUUUAUUGCUUACUGCUUUUACAGCAGAGUUCCAAUGUUACCUCGCAAGUUUUGACUGCCAGCGUGCCUUCCUACGCCCCUGUCAGCAUUGAAUGUCCAUCAAACCAAAAUAUCUUGAGACUAGCAGGUUCCUCAACUAGCAAAAAUCAGACAUUAUCGCAGGCCGAGGCAGGCUUUCGCAGAGGUCGGAAAUCAGUUACAGCCCCACUCUGGCGGGAUUUUUUCAUCAAUGGACCCGGUAAAAGUACCGGCUAUAAAUCUACUGCACUGGUAUCCCAAAAACAGAAUGAUUGGCCGGUGCUUGGCGUCGCAUACUCUGGGGGCGGGAUCCGAGCAGCAUUAUACGCGGCUGGAGUCAUGCAGACACUUGACGCAAGGACGAGCGCUAGUCCAAUCCGUGGAAUAUUCCAGUUGUCGUCCUAUUUCUCCGGUCUCAGUGGUGGUAGCUGGCUGGUCGCCUCUGCGGCAGCAAGCAAUUUUCCCAUAGCAUCCGAACUGGUCUCUGGAUGGGAACUAGAGAAAGACUUGGUGCUACCCGGCGGAAUCAAUGCUAUCAGAAGUGCACAAUUCAUCGAUCAGAUACAUGAUACCUCUAAGCUCAAAAAAGAUGCGGGUUAUAAUAUUUCGUUGACUGAUUUAUGGGGGCGAGCACUAGGAUACCAUUUUCUACCUGGAACAACAUCAGACAAUUUCUAUACAAAUUCACCGACUACAGCGCAUGGAGCGGGUGAUCUAAUCUCGGGCUUGCGCAACAUGAAAACAUUUCAAGAAUUUCGAGCACCCCUGCCAAUAUUAGUUAGUGAUCACAAGCCAUUGAACAAAUCAGAAACCAAUACCAGCUCCGUUCCCGCCUCGGGAUCAACGUAUAUUCCACUUUCCGCCCCAGUCUACGAGUGCUCGCCGUUCGAGUUUGGGAGUUUUGACCCUCAACUGAGCGCUUUUAUCCCCUCGGAACUCUUGGGUACAAGUUUGAGUUCGGGAAAGCCCUUCAUCCCUUCCAGUGUAAACAAAUCAUCCAAACCCGAUCCCAACAAGAGAUGCGUGCGAGGAUUUGAUCAAUUGAGCUUCAUCAUGGGGAGCUCUGCAACAUUGUUCAAUGCUGUGACAGGGGUGCCAGCAAAGUACAACGAGAUGUUCAAGAAGAUGAUCCAAAAAAUUGCAGAUACUGCUCUGGACCGGUCAUUCACCGCCCGAUAUCCCAAUCCAUUCCGAGGUGUAAAUGGCGCAAUAAGUUUUGAUCGAUCAAAAUCUGACGAGUUAGUGAUCGUUGACGGCGGCGAAAACGGCGAAAACAUACCCCUCAAUCCUCUGUUAGCUCCAGCCAGACAGGUGGAUGUCAUCUUGGCAGCAGACGCCUCAGGCGAUUCAAAUUCAAGUAGCGCGAUUGGAGCUGGCUGGCCUAAUGGCAAAGGUAUGAUCAAUACGUUCUUACGAGUUCACAAAGUGUUACCGGCUGGCACAUCCAAUUUCCCUUCAGUCCCACUUAAUCCCACAGUAUGGGAAGAAAAAGGGUAUUCCUCGCGUCCAACAUUUUUUGGCUGCAACGUCUCAAGUAAGGAAGGAAAUGGCGGGUAUCCAUUGGUGAUUUACUUGCCAAAUAGCCCAUCGCAGACUGGCUACUUGACCAACACGUCAACCUUCAAACUACAAUAUUCUAGAGAGGAUUCAAGUUCAUUUCUUCAGUCGGUCAUGGAAUCAACAACCAAGCCGAGGAUCGAAAACAAAGUCGAUAAGGAUUGGUCAACUUGCCUUUCCUGUGGAUUGAUCGAUCGAUCAAGAAACCGAUUAGGAAUUACUCGGUCUACCGCAUGCGAAAUCUGCUUUAAGCGCUAUUGUUACGCAUAGGUUCAAAAGUAGGAGCGCAUGAGUCUGAAAUGAAAAAUAAAAUAGGACAAUGACACGUAGAUGUUCAAAGUGAAAAUUGAGGUAAUAUUUUUUUUUUUAAAAUUAGAGCAUCUAUUUAUCUCUCAGAAGCUUGGAAAUUUAUAAUCAGAAUUUCUGAAUCUUUGAUUUUACUCACCGUAUGCUUGCCCACUGUUCUCAUUAGUGAGCCCACUAAUCUAUUUAUGCAACCAGUAGUUAUAGUGUAGAGUAAUACUAAUACUGCUAAUCAUGAUGCUAUGGCACUAAACAUCACAAGGUUACAAUAUAUUCCUGUUUUAUACCGAUUAUUGUUGGCCUUUACUAUCGAAAGAGGUGUACAUCAAGGCAGCACUUAAAGUCUGGUAACACUGUGGUGCAUGUAGAUUGAAGAUGGGGUAUUUGUAUUACUUCUUCUUGGCCAAAUGGUGCAGUGUGGAGUAGUUGCCCACAACUUCUGGCAUAGUGCAACAUAAUCAUUGGGAGAUACUUUGUUUGAAGCAGCAUCACUGAAUCAAUUGAGGGCAUCUUUUUUUUUCCUUGUAGAUUUUAUUACUUCAUGUCUUACAAAAUGAAAGAUUCAAGAGCAUAUAGUCACUAUGUUAUCAGUGGGAAGAGGAGAGCAAAACACCACAUGGCACA